AUACUGAAUAAAAGCCCAACAUAUCACUUCUCCGGAACGGCAUCUUGCGACGAACUAAUUCAGGAUUAUCUUCCCAUUCUGCUGCAGCAACCAUUCCAUUCCAUUCUAAGCGGCUUCAGGGUUAACAAUGAAUGCGGAAUAAGCUCACUGUACCCGGCGCGUGCGCAGACUGAGAGCUGAUGAUCCGUGUGACCAGGGGUGAUACUAAUAUGCAGGGCCCCAGAGCUGCUGCAGUCGCCGCUUGACUACGUCCUCCAUGAACGAGACGGCGACUGAAAUUGCGUGGCACGCCCAGGCUACUCGUUAUUUAAGUGGUGCUGGGCUCGUGGUCCUGCUGUAUGACCACAUCCUGACAUUCCCCGCCGAAGUAGAGCUCAUCUGGACAGCACGCUGGUCCGUCCCCAAAGUCCUCUUCCUACUUAUCCGAUACUUCGUCCCAUCGAGCGUCAUCAUCCACAUACACCUAUUAUCGGGAAUAGCCAACUCGCAUGUGUCGAAUAGCCUGCGUAAUCUGUUCUCCUGCACCUAUGGAAUCUCUGGGAACGAACCCCGCGUUUCAUUUUUUGCACUUUGGUGCUCUUCGUCCUGACUGUGAUAGCCAAUAUGACGUGUACGACCGUCGU